GACAAUCGAGACUAUAGAAUCUUUCCGCCAGUCUCGUCAGGACUUGACACAGUUUAGGCACAUCAUGGUAUCCGCCACAGCUCACAAACUGGAGGCAAUUGAGGACAAGCUGAAGGCAAUUCCUACUCCGAUAUGGAGGAUCUACGAACGCGAUGAAGUUCCCACAGAAACCGUGCGUGUUGUGCUCCUGGGCUACGCUAAGACAGGGAAAAAUCUCCUUGCCAAUACAAUUGCAGGCGAGAAACUGUUCGAAGCUGGAUUACUCAAACCUACAACAGUAUGUCAAGAGAAACGGGCAAGCGUGGAUAACAUGACAUUUCAGAUAAUGGACACACCAGGUUUUUCCUUGCACAACAGACAGAACAUUCAGACUACUGUUGAGGAGUUGGUGAGCAGGGCAAGCUCCACUGAUGCUUUCUUGCUUGUUGUAAAGGCAUCGCCAAUAACAUAUGAAGAGGACCUGCUCUUCAAACAUGCCAGCGCAAUUGCUAGGAAGACAAUAUCACACAAGAUAGUGGUUGUGUUCACAACACUAGAUGACGAUAUCACUUUGAAGGGAUAUCUCAAGAACAUUCCCAGUUUCCUGAAAGAAUUUCUCCAGUUCUGCCAGAUGGCGAAUGAUCAAAUACAAGACCUGUUGAGGGCAACAGCCAAGAUACAAAGUACGCAUGUGCAAGAGCAACAGAUGAGAAGAAUACCUCACAAACUGACUGCAGCCAUCCGUGAACUAGAGAAACGUUACAGGGACAACUUGACACGGCAAAUUCAACAGAUGCAAAUAAUCCUCUGAUCGCGUUGUGGGCGUGAAUAUACAGUCGUUAGGCACCAACUUCCGGGAAAUGGAACUUUACACACAUUUAGAGGACGCACACUUUUCCGGACCAAGGAUAUCCGGAAACCUCGCCUAUCCGACGAUUUCUACUUGAAGUGGAAUACAUACUACAUAGAAUGCUUCAUUUAUCAGAAAAUUUAGUGAAUUGUAAUUGCCAAGGUUGCCAAAUACA